AUGACAGGUUUAUGCGAAUUAAAAAUGGAAAAAAUUUUUUUUUUCAAGGCGACGAUUUUUUGGAUGUUUUGAAUGCUUCUGCACUGGCAUUCGCUUUAAAACUGAUCAAAGAUGAGAAAAAAGGUCCGUUUUUUAAAGUUUUUACUUUGAGUUUUUUGAAAAAUCGCAUUAUUAAGGUUUGAAAAAUGUUUUUGAAGGCUUUAAAAAAAUUUGUUUAGUUGAAAAAUUUUUCAAAAUCUUAAGGCGACGAAAAUUUUAAGUUUAGAAUUCUUUGAGGUUUAGCUGAAUUUCUAUUUCAAGGGGUCGCUAAGUUUGAGGUUAUUAAUACCAAAAAUUCAAUUAUUGAUGAUUUUUAGAAUAUAUACAUAUAUAUCAAAAGUAUAAAAGUUAAAAACGUGAAAAGAGAAAAAAGGAUUAAGAUCCCAAGGUUAAUUUACGUUUCUCGAACUAUGGUUAUCUUUUAAUUUCAUUAUUUCUCCAAUUUGCUGAUUUUUGCUGUUGGCACUUCUAUAUUCUAUUCAUUUUGUUUCUUCUAAAAAUAGACUAUAUAACGACUGCUUUUUUUCUCUAUCAAAGUUUUUCAUUUCUUGACAUGACUUUCACUAAAAAAAUUAUUUGAAUUUUUCGUGACUUUCUGUAUUUUUUUGAUUUUUUUAACUUAAAUUUAUUAAAAAAACGUCAAAAAAAUAAACAAAUAAUAUUGCUACAUGUGCAAAGUGUCACGUUAACGUCAGAGAGAAGCGGUUUGCGAUUAAACGAGAAUUAAAACUCACUAAAAAAAUAAACAAUUGAUUGAAAUAAUAAAUAGAUCACGUGGAAGAUUAGACCAAGGAAAUAGUAUAAAAGGCUCUGAUUUGGCAGAUUGCCAUUCAACGUCUCGACACCGCCUCUGCCCCCACCUUCGCCUGCUUCUUCCGAGGGAGCCCCCGCGACUUGCCCGCGACUUCUCCUGUCUUAUCCUGAUUGCCGCUUUUAUAUAAGUUUGUGUGUACGUGUAUACGGAAAACGGUUGUAGAACUGUGAAGACUUUUAUUGACUUUGAGGAUGAAGCAGGAGAAGUAGCAGCCUACAUGCCCCUCGGAAGAAGCAGGCGAAGGUGGGGUAAUAUGAUCGACACUCUGCAGAAUCAGACCCUUAGGUAGGCUGGAUCCCACCCCGGGGUGCGCGCCCUAUCCCCACAAAAUGCCAAAAUGCGUCUUCUAUGUUAAAGCCGCGUAGACCGCCUUGCCAUUUCUUUGUCGCUGCCUAAAGCGCCAGGGGCCAGAACCGGGAUGGCAAAAAAAGCCUGUGCAAGAAAAGAACACGAAAAAACUGGGAUUCUCAAUGAAGCUUCCAGAUUUGAAAGUUACUUGAAAUUUCUGAUGGUGCGCGGAAAUUUAUACUCUCAGCGGAUCCCUGACCAUAAAUCUGAAACUCCGCUCAAAGAAAGGAAAAAUUUAGCAGCACUCUACAAAACAUUUAACUGGACAUCAUAAACACCCUUCUUCUUCUCCUUUUUCCUACGCCUUUGUACCGCGGCAUCGGCGCCCCAAGUCGAUUAGCCGAGGUCCUAUCCUGAUAUUAAGAAUAAUCAGUGAACUGAGUGACAUAUCCUUUCUUGUGUGUGACGGCUGGGGAUUUGAAGCCGUGGUUUUCCACUACCAACAUUUCUUAAACCUCUUGGUUGGGUCGGGGAUCAAACUUGUGACCCUGCGGACCGUAGACAGGCACAUACAGUACCGCUCAAAAGUGUAUUAAGUUUUGGUUUUUUGAGGAUAUCUCAGCGAGUACUUAUCCGAUUUAUAUAUAACUUUCAGGAAUAAUGUAAAAAUAUACUUUGAAACAUAUACGGUAUACAAAUACAUGUCCGCAAUCACUGUGACGCGUUUUAGGAAUUUUUUUUGAAUUCAAUUUUUGUUUUUUUAUGCUUUUUAUUUUUUUAUUUAUUUUUUUAUUAAAUUUUUUUAAAAAGUAAUAAUGUUGCCAUAUGUUUUUUUUCAUGUUUUCAGACAUGGGAAGAACCUCUGGAAAAAGGAUUUGACUGAUAACGGCAAAAGAGCCAUCGUUGUGGGUCGUCAAAAUGGACUGACCAUGAUGACGCUGGCAGGAAUGUUCGGCGUGACAAAGGCGGGCAUUUCUCAGUUCCUAAAGCGUCAGAAAGCUCAAGAUGGCUCUACUAACAGCCAACGCACUGGAAGACCACGUGUCACUGAUGGUAAUGACGAUAGAAACAUUUUGAAGACGUCUAGAACCCAAUCCAAGACUCACCGCCCCUGCGAUCAGACGGGAAGUUUUCUUGAAUUCGCCAUCUCCGCCAUCCGUCUGGUCUGUGAAACGACGUCUGAAUGCUGCUGGAAUCAUGGGAAGACGUCCAGUGAAAAAACCGCUGAUUUCUGAAAAGAAUCGAGCCGCCAGGGUGAAGUGGGCGAAGGAGCAUCUCAACUGGACCCGUCAAGACUGGAACAAGAUUCUGUGGUCCGACGAAACGGUCUUCCACCAUGUUUUACAGUAAGUAAUUGGUGUUGCGGAUGAUAUCUGGACCCAAUUGGUCUACGAACCCAAUGAAUUCCGUCACUUCCGAAGAGGAGGAACUUGCUUUCGUCGGACCACAGAAUCUUGUUUUUCAUGUUUUUUUGGAAAACAUGAAAAAAACUUAUGGUAACAUUAUUACUUUUAAAAAAAUUUAAUAAAAAAAUAAAUAAAAAAAUAAAAGCAUAAAAAAACAAAAAUUGAAUUCAAAAAAAUUCCUAAAACGCGUCACAGUGAUUGCGGACAUGUAUUUGUAUACCGAAUAUGUUUCAAAGUAUAUUUUACAUUAUUCCUGAAAGUUAUAUAUAAAUCGGAUAAGUACUCGCUGAGAUAUCCUCAAAAAAACCAAAAACUUAAUACACUUUUUGAGCGGUACUGUAUCCUGCUGCGCUACCCAGAUGGACAUCAUGAAAACUGAAAAUUACAAAAAAAUAAUAAUGGAAAAGUUGCGAAACCAAAAAUUGAUGAAAAAUGAACUAAAAUGACAAUUUUCGCCCAAAUUUUGCAACGUUGUAUUAUACGCCAUCGACACAUUAUGACGCGGCUCAUUCCAUCUCAGAGGCCUGAUGUUUCUGGGCGUAAGGCGGGCAUCUUGCGCCCGGGAGUGCCCUCAUUUCUUUCACAUCUGUUUCCCUGGUCUAAUCUUUCACUUGAUCUAUUUUCAUUUGGCGAGUUAUACAUACUCAACAUAUUUCAAUAAUAACAAAAAAAAAUUCAAUCAAAUUCAGAUGCGCUCGAAGACAAGCCACAAUUUGAAGCCACUAUAACUGGUUAAAAAAUCCAAUUUUUUUCAAAUAGAUAUUAUUUUUUGUAGGAGAUCAGUACUACAAGGCGGCGCUACUCGCGUUUUCUCUUCAUUUAUUUGAGAAAAAGUCAGAAUCUUCCGUCGUUUCGGAGCGUUGCGAUACGAUUUCUUUGGCUUCGUGUUUGAAAAUAAAAUGAAUGGAAUAUAUUCAUUAUUUGUUUCAGGUGAUCUGACCAAGGGAUUGUAUGGCAUUGCCAAAAUGGGUGAGUUCCGGAAAACUGUCUCAAAACGUUUUAGAUAUCUUCUUCGUUUUUGAAUUUUUUCGGUUACUUUUGAAGAGUGAUUCACAUGAAUAUAUUGUUUUGCUUGAAAAGGUCCUUUACUCAUGAAAUUCGUAUUCUCAAGGUAUCACUGCAGGUGGAGUUCCAGGCUUCCUUUUUUUCAGGCUUUUGGAACCUGUUUAAUUUUUUUUUCUCAUCACUUAUUUGGAACUUAUUUGGAAAAGAAAGAUCCGGUAUGAAAAUAAACAGUCCUUUAGUUUAGAACUUCUUCUUUCAGUUUUUUAGUUUCGAAAAAUAAAAACGAGUUAAUAAAACAUUCAUAAGAUGAGCAAAUUUGAAUAUCCUCUCAUGAAGUGACAAUAUUGAAGGCAUAUUAUUCAAAAUCUGGCUCUUCGCUAUGUUAUUUUCAUUUCCUCAAAAUACCAUAGCACAAAUUUUCGAACGAAAUUACAUUAUUCAUCAUUAUUUUCAGAACAUCUGACUUAUUCCGAAUUGCCGCAAGAUACUCAAACCCAAGGAUGCGAGGAUAAUAUGAGCUUGCCGGAAACGAAAAGUUUAGGCUCCUUAAAAGGUUCAACCGGUUUUUCGAAGCUAUGGUCGCACGGGGAAUGGUUUGAUCCAUAUUCUGUUGCUUUAGAACAUCCGAUGAAAAUUUUGGUUCGAGUCUCGACGCUUUUAACCAUUCCAAAUGCCACCACUCAAAAAAUAAUAAUAAUAAUAAACUUGAUGACGGGGUUAAGAAAGCGAAUCGGAGGAGUUGACCGAUUUCGAGAUGGAUUCUGAUGAGGAGGGAUCACAAGAAGAAGAAGAAGAAGAAAAAUAUACGAAGCAACUUUUGUCGAUUCCCAGUAAGGAGAUGCUCAAAAAAGGCGCGAAAGUCGUGAAACAGGUAGUGUUUACAGUGAAUAUUGACUGAUAGAAAAAGAGCUAUUAAUUGUCGUUCUACUUUGAAAAUUCGAAAAAAGGAGUUUCAGACAGAGUUUUCCGAUAUUCCGGUAUUAACCUUUGUAGAAGAGUUCUCUGUUCAACUUCAAAAACUUUUAGAAAAGUCAAAAAAAUGGCUGUGAACAGAUUGUAUUCAAUUUCAAUUUUUCCAAGUGUUUUUUUUUUGAAAAUGGAAAAUUGAGAAUUAAUUAUUAGUUGACUUCCUUUUAUCAAGGUUAUUUGUUCUCUUCUCCUUAUUUAAUAGGAUUUCACUCUUUUUUCGAAUCUAGUCCAUUUUUGAGCUUGCAGGACUCGAAUCUGAUCGCACUUCUAUCAUUCGAUCCCAGAGCCCGCAAACAGUUCCCUUUCAGACUCAAAUGGCGGGAACUUAUUGAAGAACAAAUCGAACUUUUGAGGUUUUUUCUGAAUCUUUGGGAAUACCUAAAGAACUAUUGAUUUUUCCUGCGAGUUUUCAUGAAUACAAUUGGGGAAGUUAGAAGACGAAAAACAGCUUCUGCAAUAUUUAAAUGCCGGCGUUAGUGUUUUGGACGCAUACACACCGACUCACACUUGCACGAUUUCUUUCAGAAAAAAAUUUUUUCGCAUUUUUGAGAAAAAGAAGCAAAUUUAAGAGAGAAAUGACAAAAAAUGACUUCUUACCUGCUUCUAGGAAACUUCGUCUGUUUAAUGUUUUUAAAUCCUUUUCAUUUACCUAAAAAGGUCGCAAGGAAGAGAUUUGACGAAGAAAGCACAAAUGAAGUUUCUGAGAGGGAAAAAUGAUUUUUUUUUCAGAAAAAAACAUGAAAUAGGGGAACUAGUAGUAUUCGAAAGAUAUACAUGAAAAAGCUAAUUUUAAUGAAGCUAUCGUGAUUCAGGAAAAAUCAAACAAUAGUUUUUCCGUUUCUGCAAAAUGAUUUUAGCAAAAAACAAGCAUUUUUAACUUUCAUCAUAUGAAUAAUUUAUUCACUAAAAAACCCAACUUUCUGGCCGUUAAAAUUGAAUUUCUCGUAAAUUGUUUUGUCUUUUUUUUUUGGAAUGUUUCUGGAUUUUCAUUUUUUCAGAUACUCAUAGUUUCACUGUUUCCAACCAAAAUAUCUACCCUUCUAAGAUUUUAUUUAAGUUUUCAUCCGCAAAUCUUUUCUUUUCUGAAAUUUCUUAGAGGAGAAAGGGUUUAAAGAUGAGAAUAUUUUAUCUCGCGCAGCCGUUUCGGGUCCCAAAAAUGGACGGCUUAGAGGGAGACCCAUCGUCAGCAUUUUACCCUCUUGCUUUAAAUCAAAAAAAGAUAUAAAAAAAGUUUUUUUAAGCUAUUACACCUAGGCGCAGUUUUAAAUUAAUAAAGUUUGGGAAAUUGAAAAGGAAAAAGGAAAAAAACUGAGAAAUGAAGGGGGAAGAGAAAGGAAAAAGAAAAAAAGUAGGGAAUGUAGUCAUAUAUAUAUAUCAAUAAUUCAGAGAAGUCAAGACUUCGAACUUCUCAACAUAUGUCUCCAUUUCACAAUUCCGAGAUUAUUUCCAUAUCAUUGGAUGGGAAUGUGCCGUGUUCAGGGUUGAAAAAAAAAAACUAAAGCUCAAAAAAAGAAAGAAAAUUUAGAUCAGAAAUCCGUUAGCUCAAGAUGGAUUCCUGCAUUUCGCAGUGAAUACAAUGCAACUUUAUGAAAGUUUCCUGGCCAUGGAAAUUACGGUAACUGUUUUUGAAUAUUUCUUCGAGUUUAUGUGUCUGUAAAGAGUUCCAAAAUAGAUAUUUUGGUUUAUUCGAAAAAUAAUACUACUGUAGUUUUUUUUGCUUUGAAUCAAAAUUUGAACUGAGAACACGAAUUUUUCAAUAAGAAAUCGCCAGUUUUAUACCCAAGGGGGGCGUGGCCUGCCUGCGCUCUCUACAAGCCAGGCACUGUUUUCUUUUCGUGUCAGGACCCAUUUUUCGAUGGCUCAAGUCAGCCGUGGACUAGCUUUAAGAUGAGAACCGGAAAUGAAGCUUUAACACAGUUUUUUUAAUUGGAGAAGGAUUUCUCUACUUUUUUUAGACCGUUAAAAAGAGAAAAAGAAAAAUUAAAAUUGUAUUUUAUGUCGAUUAGAAAUUAGAAAAAAACAGUUAGUAUUUUUUUCAUGCAAACCUUGGGUUUUAGACCUUUUUUUAAAAAUACAGAAGUCAUUCUGGAAUAUCUAAUUUUGAUAGGGAUUUUUUUGGAGCAAAAAAAAUUUUUUGUUAAUUUAAGCUGUUGUCAUUUUUUUUCAUUGAACUUUUGCGCUUUGCAUUCUCAAAGUAAGUUUUUUUAAAAUCAUUUUUUUAUCGAUUUUUGACUUCAUGUGUGAAUUUUUACAUUAGAACUUUGAAAAAAAGAAUAAUUUUUACAAAAAUCUCAGGAAAUCGCCUCAUAUCCCUCGCAAGCACUGCAAUAUGUUCUCGUCAAAUUUCUCUACUGCCCAGAUAUUUUCUAUGCGAGUUCAACUGAGUGGCUUCAAACCAAAGAGGUUAUUCCUGAUUGGUUAAAGGUGGUGAAUUGAUUUGAAAAUUUGAAGGUCCUGGAAAAAAUGCUGUCGUCUUUGACGAUCAUGGACGUGCUGCUGAACUUGCUCGCCACGAUUUCGGACGUCUUGCAGAAGUUUGUGAAGAAUUCUGAUACCAGAGUGGCCCCUAUAGGGACACUCUUAGGGGCACUUGAAGGCUCCCCUCUUGGGACCACUUAAUUUCCUCCUGUAGGGGGCACUAAAGCUCACAAAAGUUGCAACCUUAGGGAUUUUAGUUAGUGGCCACUCUAGGGGAGCAUGCUAGUCGUUUAUGAAUUGUAUGAGAAGAAGUAUUUCCAUGCGGAAAUCUCAAUGAAUCAGCGUUUUUUGAAUGAAAAAAUGUCAAUAGUUGAUUGAUCUAUCACGCUUUAUUAAAUACGUCCUUCUCAUUUUCAAACCCGAUCAAAAAGUUUGACUUCUAUAGGGACCACUUCAGCUUUAAAGGCCGACGGCCUAGAUCCCAGAGAGAGACUACCUUAAUUUUACAGAGGCUUCUGGGCCAGACCCUAAACUUCUAUGAAGACUAUAAUUUUUUCCCCUCCAGGGGUCACUAUUUUUUCAUGUAGGGCUAUUUCCCUGACCCCUCUAGGGACCAUUCUAGCAAGAAAGCCCCGAGAUACCUUCUGAAAAAGUUUCGACGAGCUUUUACUCGGUUGUCUGUGGCGUUGAGCAGAAUUUUAUUUAAUUUUUUUUUGAUUUCCAGCUUUUGCAUCACUAAGGAGAAAGUUUAGCAGAAUUUUAGCAGAAAGUUUAGCUUGGCUGACGCCAGGCUCACUCAUUCCAUGUAUGAGUAUCUUUUGGAAAAAAUUGAAAGACCUCUUUAGGGACCACUUCAACUUUAGGGGCUUCUGGGCCAGACCCUAUACUCCUAUAAAGACUAUAUUAGUUUUUCACCCUCUAUGGAUCACUUUUUUUUUUAAAUGUAGGGCCGUUUCCCUGACCCCUCUAGGGACCACUACAGCAAGAAAGCUCCGAGAUACGCUCUGGAAAAGUUUCGACGAGCUUUUACUCGGUUGUCUGUGGCGUUGAGCAGAAUUUUAUUUAAAUUUUUUUGAUUUUCAGCUUUUGCAUCAAUAGAAAGUGAAGUUUAAAAUAAAAUGAAUCAGUAAAAUUUAACCAUUAUGAAACGAAGUAGUUGCAGAUUCUGCAAGGAGAGGAUCUUGAAGGACGGAUCCUCGCGUGACGACGUCUUCAUCUCCUUCGCUGUCAGUCAACUCCAAUAUUUGUCCCAACUCUGUUCCCACCGCAUGACCCAAGUCUCUAAUCAUUACGAUGGGAUUACUUUUUGA